CGUAUGACGAAUAAAGUAGCUUCAUGGCGCGCACUACCCAUGAACCAUCAAACUAAUUUCAGAUUUUUUUUACUGAUGCAUUGUGGGUAUUGAAGUUUGAUUGUGUCACGUUUUGAAUCCAGCAUGGCAGGAAAACAGAAAAGAAAAUUAGAAGACCUCAGUUUGGAUGAGUUCCUACUGUCAGGUUUUGACUCGGCAGGUGAAAAUGAAUCGGAAGAAGAAACACCCAAACAGAAUGGUCUGAAGAAAAAUAAGAAACCGCUGAAAUCUGCAGCUGCUGAGAUUGAUGACAAGAAGAUAGGCAAGGCAUUGGAGCACAAGGAGCAGCUGUCCAGGUUAAAGAAUAAAGAUCCAGAGUUUUACAAGUUUUUGCAAGACAACGACCAAACCCUUCUGAACUUUGACGACACAGACAGUUCUGAUGAUGAGGAUGAAAAAAAGUACCACAAAUUGCCAUCGGCACUCGAGGAGGCCAGCUCUGGUGAGGAUGACGACGAAGAGGGUCAGAAAAGUACCAAAAAGUCCAAGAAGUCGGAGGAGACCAUCAAAGUCACGGACAAAAUGAUUGAAGAUUGGAAAGCCGCGAUGAAGAAGGAACCCACACCUCGCCUCUUUAGGGAUGUCACCCAGGCCUUUAAAGCUGCUGUAGCUACCACAAAGGGUGAAGCAAGUGGUCCUUGUCGAUACAAAGUUGCUGACAGCUCAGUGUUCAAUGCCCUGGUCCUGUUCUGCAUCAGAGACGUUUAUGUAGCUCUGCAGAGGAUGCUCAACCUAAAGCCAAAUAAAGACCAGAAAAAGUUAGUGCUCCCAUCGUCCAGUCCGAAGUGGCAGAAGAAUCAGAUCGACAUCAAGAUGUAUCUUAGUGGAGUAGUUCAGCUCUUAUCUUGUCUAACAGAGUCGACUGUCAUCACUGCUGUCCUGCGGCACGCCAACCAGCUUGUGGCAUAUUAUCUUUGUCUUCCUAAACAGUGUCGCCAUCUGAUGAAGCAACUGCUGAAGCAGUGGAGCACGGGGGAGGAAACUUGCCGGGUUCUCGCUUUUCUGGCCCUCAACAAAAUAUGCAGACACAAGCAGGAGACAUAUCUUAAACCUAUUCUCAAGCAAAUGUACAUUUCCUACGUAAAAAACUGCAAGUUCACAUCUCCCAAUGCACUGCCCAUGAUCAACUUCAUGCAACGGACUCUGACAGAGAUGUACUCCAUGAACACACAGGCUACGUACCAGCACGCCUUUAUUUACAUCCGACAGCUGGCCAUCCACCUCAGAAAUGCCAUGACCAUGAAGAAAAAGGAAACGUAUCAGUCGGUGUAUAACUGGCAGUUUAUCCACUGCCUCUACCUGUGGUGUCGCGUCCUCAGCAAUCUGCACCCCAGUGAUGUUCUGCAGCCUCUCAUCUAUCCACUCUGCCAGGUCAUAAUAGGCACCAUCAAAUUGGUGCCCACGAUAAAGUAUUACCCUCUGAGGAUGCACUGUUGCAGAGCCCUUACUCUGCUGUCGAGCAGCACCAACACAUUUGUACCGGUGCUGCCUUUCCUCCUGGAGAUCUUCCAACAAGUGGAGUUUAACAAGAAACCAGGGCGAAUGAGCAAGAAACCCAUCAACUUUGCCGUCAUCCUGAAGCUUGGCAAAGUCAACCUAAUGGAGAAAGCCUUCAAGGAUGGACUGAUUGACCAGCUGUAUGACCUUAUCCUGGAAUACUUCCACACUCAGGCCUCCACCAUUGGUUUCCCAGAACUCGCCCUACCCACCAUCAUUCAGCUGAAAGCAUUCCUGAAGGAAUGCAAAGUGGCCAAUUACUGCAAGCCAGUACGCCAGCUGCUGGAGAAGGUACAGGAGAACAGCAGCCACAUCACAGGACGGAGACAGAAGGCCGCCUUUGGAGUGGCCGAUGCCACCGCUGUGGCGGCCUGGGAGAAGCGGAUCCAGGAAGAGGGGACACCUCUCAGCAGAUACUACAGCCAGUGGAAGAAGCUGAGGGAGAAGGAGAUCCAGCUGGAGAUCUCUGGCAAAGAAAGGAUGGAGGAUCUGGAACUCCCUGAGAUCAAGCGUAAGAAGAUUGCGGAUAAGAAAGCAGAGGACAAGAAAGAGUUCAAGGAUCUGUUCCAGUCUGACAGUGAAUCAGAUGAUGAGGGUGACGAUUUCAAAAUUAAAGGUAAAAAGGGCAGCCAUGGGUCGGAUGAUGAUGGGGAUGAUGAUGAUGGUGAUGAUGAUCUUGAAGACUUGUCUGACAUGAGUGAUGACGAGGGGAGAGACUCAGAUGAUGAAGAGGAUGAAAAAGAGUCCAGGGCUCCUCAGCCGCUGUCGUCCUCGUCUCUGAUAAAGUUGGCAGAGGGAGACGAGGAUGUGGUGGAGGACCUGGAGCUGUCCGAUGACGACUGAGGUCUCCAUGGCUGCACACUUGAGGUCACCUAUGUUCCACUGGACCAGCCCUCUACAGUAUACUCAACAGUUCUACAGUAUAUUUGGACUUUUGCUCUAUUCUUCACUUUUUAUGACUUCACUUGUACAGUACAAAUGUGUUUGGUAGAAUUUUCUGAAACAUUGAAGUUAUAUUAAAAAGAAAUCCUUAACUUUUA